AUGAGGUAUGCAAAUGUGAUGAGGCAUAACAAAGUUGAUCAAGAGCCAGCAUCCACUUGUUGCUUUGCAACGCUUCAGCCAAGGCUUUCCAAUUACGAGCCCAGCAAAGUAGGCGUCAAUGCCUCAAGCCAAUGUUCCCAUGCUGGGCACAACCAAGAAGGUCGUGGCCGAGGAGAACGUACCGGAUACGUUGGUCAAAGGGCGUCGGAAGACACGACUAUGCACCCAGACGCAUUGGAGCUCUACUAUGGCAACGGUAACCUUGUGCAUUCAAACGUCAUCUUUCUCAGCUCAUACAAGCCAUACGUUUGGCGGCCAGGGAGAUGGGCAAGAAUUGACAUAACGGCAGAAGACACAACAACUCGGUGUACAAGAUCGUUGCACUUUGGCACUGCAACAAGAAUUUGGCAAAAUGGGGCUUUGACAUUUACCGAUUUGUCAUGGGCUAAACGGUCGCAAAACGCCUGUGCCAACAUCGGCGAUGUGCAGUUGUCAGGAGGUCUUUGGCAAAAAUGCCCUUCUCUCCGUGCACGAUUGCUUAGAAAUGAAGAGACAGUUAAACCUAAUGCUACUGUUCAACUUGCGCGGGAAACUUUAGAAGGUGAAAUUCAAGUCGCGUUUGCAGCCGGCUCAUCACGCAGUGAGCCUGCUUGCUGGUAUACACAUAGUUUAAGCAAAAUUAUAUUUUACAAACGAACAGGAUAUCGUUUACUGCCGGGAAGAGAAAAAGAGAGCAAGGGUAGAAUACAAGCCAACAUAAGCGGACUUUCUGGCGGAUCGAUUCUGCUCAACCAAAUGAUGGUUCCACGCAAAUUUCCACUCGGAUAG